CAUAGCACCAGCAAAAGCAAACCAAAGCAGAGUCUCCGCUCCCAUCUCUUCUUCUCUCCGAGCCUACAAGAAAUCCAAGCUCGCCAUGGCGCCCAACCUCAGCAAGUCGAAGGACGGUCUGCUCGGCGACGUCGUGGCCGUUGACGGCCUGAUCAAGCCGCCGCGGUUCACGCUCAAGGGCAAGGACCUCGCCGUGGACGGCCACCCGUUCCUCCUCGACGUGCCGGCCAACGUCCGCCUCACCCCGGCGUCCACCCUUGUGGCCACCGCCGCCAAUGGCGGCGCCACCGCCGGCAGCUUCCUCGGCUUCGACGCGCCGGCGGCCAAGGACCGCCACGUGGUGCCCAUCGGUAAGCUCCGCGACACGAGGUUCAUGAGCAUUUUCCGUUUCAAGGUGUGGUGGACGACCCACUGGGUGGGUAUGAACGGCAGGGACGUGGAGAAUGAGACGCAGAUGAUGAUCCUCGACCGGUCGGGUUCGGGCUCAGGCUCGAACCUGACCGGUCGGCCCUACGUCCUCCUUCUCCCGAUCAUCGAGGGGCCCUUCCGAGCUUGUCUCGAGGCCGGGAAGGUGGAGGACUACGUCGACAUGGUCAUAGAGAGCGGGUCGUCCACAGUCAAGGGCUCCGUGUUCUGGAGCGCCUUGUAUCUGCACGCAGGAGACGACCCGUUUGACCUCGUCAAGGAGGCCGUGAGGGUGGUUCGCGCCCACCUCGGCACGUUCCGGCUGCUGGAGGAGAAGACGCCGCCGCCGAUCGUCGACAAGUUCGGGUGGUGCACGUGGGACGCGUUCUACCUGAAGGUGCACCCGGAGGGGGUGUGGGAGGGCGUGCGGCGGCUCGCCGACGGCGGGUGCCCGCCGGGGAUGGUGCUGAUCGACGACGGGUGGCAGUCCAUCUGCCACGACGACGACGACCCGGGCAGCGGCGCCGAGGGGAUGAACCGCACGUCGGCCGGCGAGCAGAUGCCGUGCAGGCUGAUCAAGUUCGAGGAGAACCGCAAGUUCAGGGAGCGCGGCGGCGGCAUGGGCGGGUUCGUGCGCGAGAUGAAGGCGGCGUUCCCGACGGUGGAGCAGGUGUACGUGUGGCACGCGCUGUGCGGGUACUGGGGCGGCCUCCGCCCCGGCGCGCCGGGCCUGCCGCCGGCGAAGGUCGUCGCGCCGAGGCUCUCGCCGGGGCUGCGGCGCACCAUGGAGGACCUCGCCGUCGACAAGAUCGUCAGCAACGGCGUCGGCCUCGUCGACCCUCGCCGCGCGCGCGAGCUCUACGAGGGCCUCCACUCCCACCUCCAGGCCUCCGGCAUCGACGGCGUCAAGGUCGACGUCAUCCACCUGCUGGAGAUGGUGUGCGAGGAGUACGGCGGGCGGGUGGAGCUGGCGAAGGCGUACUUCGGCGGGCUGACGGAGUCGGUGCGGCGGCACUUCAACGGCAACGGGGUGAUCGCGAGCAUGGAGCACUGCAACGACUUCAUGCUGCUGGGCACGGAGGCGGUGGCGCUGGGCCGCGUCGGCGACGACUUCUGGUGCACCGACCCCGCCGGCGACCCCAACGGCACGUUCUGGCUGCAGGGCUGCCACAUGGUGCACUGCGCCUACAACUCGCUGUGGAUGGGCAACUUCAUCCACCCGGACUGGGACAUGUUCCAGAGCACGCACCCCUGCGCCGCCUUCCACGCCGCCUCCCGCGCCGUCUCCGGCGGGCCUGUCUACGUCAGCGACGCCGUGGGCUGCCACGACUUCGGCCUGCUCCGCCGCCUCGCGCUCCCCGACGGCACCAUCCUGCGGUGCGAGCGCUACGCGCUGCCCGCGCGCGACUGCCUCUUCGCCGAUCCGCUCCACGACGGCAGGACGCUGCUCAAGAUCUGGAACGUGAACCGCUUCUCCGGCGUGCUCGGCGCGUUCAACUGCCAGGGCGGCGGGUGGAGCCCCGAGGCGCGGCGGAACAUGUGCGCGUCGGAGUUCUCCGUCCCCGUCACGGCGCGCGCCGGCCCCGCCGACGUCGAGUGGAGGAGCGGCGGCGGCGAGAGCACCAUCUCCGUCAAGGGCGUGUCCCACUUCGCCGUCUACUUCGUCGAGGCCCGGAAGCUGCAGCUGCUCCGCCCGGACGAGUCCGUCGAGCUCACCCUGGAGCCGUUCACCUACGAGCUCCUCGUCGUGGCGCCCGUGAGGGCCAUCUCGCCGGAGCGGGACAUCAGCUUCGCGCCCAUCGGCCUCGCCAACAUGCUGAACGCCGGCGGAGCCGUGCAGGGCUUCGACGCGAGGAAAGACGGCGGCGGCGGCUUGGCGGCGGAGGUGGCGGUGAAGGGCGCCGGGGAUAUGGUGGUGUACUCGUCGGCGAGGCCCCGGCAGUGCAGGGUGAACGGCCAGGAUGCCGAGUUCAAGUACGUGGAUGGCAUGGUGACCGUCGAUGUGCAGUGGACCGGGUCGUCGUCGAAGUUGUCCCGUGUCGAGUAUCUUUACUAGAGAGUCAUGUGAACGCUGGAAAGGUCAAAGAAAAUAUUUUCGUUUUUUUUUUCAAUCUUAUUUUUUGUUUUGUUGAGAAAUAAUUUCUGUGUGUUAAGAGCUUCGUAAGUUGCUUAGCUCUGAUGGUUCAGGUUGGAUUUUCUUUUUGUAAGUAUUUUAUAAAGUAAUGUAAAUUUAUAAUGCAUGUGUGUUCUUUAUCUUCUUGCUUUUGUCUGUACCGACGCAUGGUCUGUAUUGUUCUGUUCGGAAUCUGAAUUCGUAAU